AUGGGAACUUCGAGUGCAAAUGACAUGGACGUGGUCGUGGACGUGGACGUGGACGUGGACAUGGACAUGGACAUGGACGUGGACAUGGACGUGGACAUGGACAUGGACGUGGACGUGGACAUGGAGGUGGACAUGGACGUAGACGUGGACCUGGACGUGGACGUGGACGUGGACGUGGACGUGGUCGUGGACGUGGACGUGGACGUGGACAUGGACAUGGACGGGGACGUGGACGUGGACGUGGACGCGGACGUGGACGCGGACCUGGACGUGGACGUGGACGUGGCCCUGGACGCGGACAUGGACGUGGACAUGGACGUAGACGCGGACGUGGACGAGGACGCGGACGUGGACGUGGACGUGGUCGUGGACGCGGACGUGGACGUGGACGACUUGGACGUGGACAUGGACGUGGACGUGGACGUGGACAUGGACGUGGAUAUGGACGUGGAUGUGGACGUGGAUAUGGACGUGGACGUGGACAUGGACGUGGACGUGGACGUGGACAUGGACGUGGAUGUGGACGUCGACGUCGACACGGACGUGGACGUGGACGUGGACAUGGAGGUGGACGUGGACGUCGACGUGGACGUGGACAUGGAGGUGGACAUGGACGUGGACGUCGACGUGGACGUGGACGUGGACGUGGACGUGGACGUGGACGUGGACGUGGACGUGGAGGUGGACGUGGACGUGGACGUGACGUGGACGUGGACGUGGACGUGGACGUGGGCGUGGACGUGGACGUGGACGCGGACGCGGACGUGGACGCGGACGUGGACGCGUACAUGGACGUGGACGUGGACAUGGACGUGGAUGUCGGUCAGUAUGGGAACUUCGAGUGCAAAUGACAUGGACGUGGUCGUGGACGUGGACGUGGACGUGGACAUGGACAUGGACAUGGACGUGGACAUGGACGUGGACAUGGACAUGGACGUGGACGUGGACAUGGAGGUGGACAUGGACGUAGACGUGGACCUGGACGUGGACGUGGACGUGGACGUGGACGUGGUCGUGGACGUGGACGUGGACGUGGACAUGGACAUGGACGGGGACGUGGACGUGGACGUGGACGCGGACGUGGACGCGGACCUGGACGUGGACGUGGACGUGGCCCUGGACGCGGACAUGGACGUGGACAUGGACGUAGACGCGGACGUGGACGAGGACGCGGACGUGGACGUGGACGUGGUCGUGGACGCGGACGUGGACGUGGACGACUUGGACGUGGACAUGGACGUGGACGUGGACGUGGACAUGGACGUGGAUAUGGACGUGGAUGUGGACGUGGAUAUGGACGUGGACGUGGACAUGGACGUGGACGUGGACGUGGACAUGGACGUGGAUGUGGACGUCGACGUCGACACGGACGUGGACGUGGACGUGGACAUGGAGGUGGACGUGGACGUGGACGUCGACGUGGACGUGGACAUGGAGGUGGACAUGGACGUGGACGUCGACGUGGACGUGGACGUGGACGUGGACGUGGACGUGGACGUGGACGUGGAGGUGGACGUGGACGUGGACGUGACGUGGACGUGGACGUGGACAUGGACGUGGACGUGGGCGUGGACGUGGACGUGGACGCGGACGCGGACGUGGACGCGGACGUGGACGCGUACAUGGACGUGGACGUGGACAUGGACGUGGAUGUGGACGUACGGGUUUGAAAGGUAA